AUGCGCAAGGCGGGCACGUUCAAGACAGAGCGGGUGAUCACGACUCCGCAGAGCUCCAGCAUCCAGGUGGCAUCCGGGUCGGGCAGCGUGCUGAAUUUCUGCGCCAACAACUACCUGGGCCUGGCAGACCACCCCGCAGUGGUCCAGAAGGCGGACGAGUUCCUGCACCAGUGGGGCAACGGGCUGAGCUCCGUGCGGUUCAUCUGCGGCACGCAGUCGAUCCACAAGGACCUGGAGCAGCAGAUUUCGGACUUUUACGGCAACGGCUCGGGCACCCGCGACACGAUCCUGUAUGCAUCGUGCUUUGACGCCAAUGCCGGGGUGUUCGAGUCCCUGCUGACCGAGAACGACGCGAUCAUCAGCGACUCGCUGAACCACGCAUCGAUCAUCGAUGGAGUCAGGCUCUGCAAGGCCAAGCGGUUCCGGUACGCCAACGGCGACGUGCAGGACCUCGAGCGGCAGCUGCAGAAGGCACAGGAGGCCGGGUGCCAGGUCAAGAUGGUGGCCACCGACGGCGUGUUCUCCAUGGACGGCGUGAUUGCCCCGCUGCGCGAGAUCUGCGAUGUGGUGGAAAAGUACGACGCGGUCCUGUUUGUCGACGAUGCCCAUGCAACAGGCUUCCUGGGCAAGACCGGCCGCGGAACCGGCGAGUACUGGGAUGUGGUGGACCGCAUCCACCUGGUCAACUCGACGCUGGGCAAGGCGCUGGGCGGCGCCUCGGGCGGCUACACCACCGGACACCAGCUGCUGGUGUCGGCGCUGCGCAAUACGUCGCGGCCGUACCUGUUCUCCAACACGCUGGCGCCGUCGGUGGUGGGUGCUGCCAGGGCUGCGAUUGACCUGGUGGACAAUCCGGCCACGCGCACGCCCCUGCUUGACCAGCUCUGGGGCAACGCCAAGCUGUUCCGCGACCGCAUGUCGGCGGCUGGCUUCACGCUGGCGGGCAAGGACCACGCGAUCAUCCCUGUGAUGCUGGGCGACGCGCGGCUGGCGUCGGACAUGGCUGACCGGCUGCUGAAGCGCGGCAUCUAUGUCAUUGGGUUCUCGUAUCCGGUGGUGCCCAAGGACAGGGCGCGCAUCCGCGUGCAGAUCUCCGCCGCCCAUUCCGUCGACCAGGUCAACCACGCUGUCGAUGCUUUCAUUGAGGUUGGCCGCGAGCUCAAGGUCAUCAGCUAG